AGCAGGUUGAAUGAUCAGUGGUUGUGCAGCUCCAUCAUAUGGUAAUGAUAGGGGAAAAUUCAUAGCCGGUUUUAGCUCAGCGUCUGGCAACCCUUCUCCCUCCAGCAUGUAAAAAAUAUCAAGCGCAAAAACAAGUUCCUGUUUACUUUAAUAACGAUUGGGAUGUAAUSUGCGAGGCAUCGUGCUGUUACAGCUCUCUUCUCUCUGUUUUGCUAAUACCAUCCAUAAGGGACAAAGAGCCAAUCAGAGACGAGGAAAUGUGUUGGCAUCAGUUGAUCGAUUCUCUUGUUUGUCUUCAACUGCCUCACGCGUCGAUCAUAACAUUGACAGUCCACAGUAAUCCAGACAAGUAAUGCAGUUCAGAUCUGUUCCUCAGUGUAUGGCCAACCAAAGUACCACACAGUGUAAACUAUGAGAAUUGAGCACAGUUCUUAACCAUAUGGCGAGCUUUGUCAAGCCAGGGAAAGUCUCAGACCUGAGGUCAGGUCUUUCUAAAUGGGAGCUUGACGAGCUGACUAAAGAACGAAGAAAAAACCUCAGUAAGCAAGAGCUUAGGCGUGAAAUAUUUGCAGACGGUUUACGAUGCCCGCUUUGCUUUUGUUUGCCUUGUGCUAUAAUUGCUUUUAUUUUGCUUAUUUUGAUGGGAGUCUACGUUGUACAUCCUUAUCAAAUCGGAAGAACGUUAACGAAGACACAAUGUCGSUUUAACAGAACAGAAUAUCAGCAAGACUGGAAAGGUUACUGCAGUCAUCGGUCAAAUCAAUUUGYACCUUGCUUUAAAAUCAUUGUAACUUUCAAUACGUCUACCGUCAAGAACGCAGAGGCAGUAUUAAUAGAAAAUGAACAAGCUUUGGUUCACUGUAACAAGUGUUCGUACACAGCAGGAAGGAGUGACAUGUUUGGUAAACGUUCAACCUGUUCAUGGAAUAGCGAGUUACCCACAAAACAUUGUUUUCAAGAAUACAUGAGAGAAUUUGGCUCUGUCAAUACUACUUAUCCUUGCUACUAUGAUUCUUCAAACAUGAAAGAUGUGGUCAAUAUGCUAAAGGUCAGUUCCACUGAAGCAGCCUUGGCCAUAUUUAUUCCUGUAUUUCUUCUUCUUCUAUGGUUACUGGCAUUUUCUAUUCUUGCCUACGAUCGCUACAAACGCAGAAUCCUUGAUGAACAGAUUCUUCUUCAACGCAAUAAUGAUUCAAAUGAAAACAGUAAAGUAAAGAAUGGUGCGCUCAAGAGUAUCACRUUCAAGGCUUACGGUAAAGCAACUUUAGAUACAGGCGCCGAGACUUCUUUCAAUGGAGAAACUGAAAAUGUUACAAUUGAGACCCCUACUUCUCAGUUAACCACCCCCAAGAUAAAACGAAAGAAGAAAUUACCCUGUUGUCAAUCUCAUUUCCAAUUUAAUUAUCUGGACGAAGGAAUAGUCUUAGAAGAUAAACCUUUAUCUCCUAUAUCAGCACAGCCCUUGGGCUUCAACUUCUUAACAAUAGAUACGUCUCCUAAGUGUGAUUGUAAUCAUGUYGAGGGGAUCGAUGUUUUACCCCAUCUUGGUGAUCAGUAUCAAACGCGCAGUCCUUCGUAUCAAUACGACUCGAAUGAAAGACGACCUGGCAAAAUAUUGCGGUAUCUUCCUGAAUCAUUCGUAUGAUUACUAUGCACAAUGUUAUCUGGUAUAUAAUGGAACCAUGACCAGAUGCAUGGUCCUUUAUAUCGAUACGACUCUGAUCAAAGAAGACCUUGUAAAUUAUUGUAGGAUAAAGGCUUGCUGCUGGGACAACCCAAUAGACACCUUUUGAUUUGUUGACAGUCAUGWAUUGCAUUAGCACAAACAGUUCAUCUGACUCAUAGUGAUAACGUUAAGUAUUUGAUUAUAGUCCUUUUAGAUAAUGGCAAGUUUAGAAUUACUCUCUACAAUACGUUGAACCAACUUGGUUUGAAUGGUGUUAACUCAGUGCAAUCUUAACACAUUUUGAUGAGCUCAUCUGGGAGAAGGAUUAUGUCUGAUGUARUUCAAGCCAAACCCAACAAGAAAAAGGAUUCUUUUGCAAUGGGUUUGUGUUUAGUUUUAUGACGUUAGCUUGACUGUUACAGUAYGGUUGUUCCAAGGUAAAGAUAUGCCAAUCAUUGUUCCAAUAUCUCUCUGUAGGUUCAUGAAGCGUAGUCUAAAAAGAGUAAUCUGGUCAGUAGAAUCUGGUAAUAGUGUUAAUAAAUGUCCUCUAAUAGAUUUAUAGAUUCAUGUAGUUUGUAGCUCAUUAGAUUUUUAGUUCAUAGAAAUAGAUGCAAKUAUUAUUUAGAAAGCAGAAAUACAAGUAUGUAUGUACAGUAUAGAAAAGGAUGUUACUGUGAUUGACACCUGUCAAUUAUUCAAUUAAAGAUCUAUUUACUGUCUUUA